AAAAGGAGGAUCGUUAGAAUAAUCAACCCUCUCUCUCUUUUGUCGCGGGGGGGAGGGGAGGUACGCGUUGGCACAUCAUUAAGAUGCAACGGUGAAAAACGUAACUGGUCGUCUUCCGGGGUUGAACGACUAACCGCGUCUCCCGAAGGAAAAAAAGAAAAAGAAAAGAGAAAAAAAGAGCGAAACGUACUAAAUAAGAUACUAAGAGGGUGGAAUAAGGGGGUGAGAAGGAAAUAGAGAAAGAGAGCAAGAAGGGAGAGGGAGAGGGAGAGAGAGAGAGAGAGAGAGAAAGAAAGAGAGAAAGAGAGAAAAAGAGAAAAAGAGAUAUGUUCGCUUCGCGGUGAGCACCACGCUUCGAUAUCUCGUCGCAUCGUGCGGUGAGGGGAAGGAUCAUAAUCUUUCGUUAUAAUUUCUUAGUGUCUUUAUAUUUUUUUUCUUUUAUUUUCUUUUUGAAAUGGGUACAGCCGGUCGCGAUUUCGAGCGCGAUCGAGAAGACGGAUUGCACUGUCGGAUUUGUGCGUGCGACGUUACUGGAACCAACGGUAUCAACAUUUUCACCGAGGAUGGUAGACGGCACUACCUGCAGACCAAAAUACGCAAAUAUCUCUACAUCUUGGUAUCCUCUGAAGAUAAAUUAUCAAAGAUGGUUUGUUUAACGUGCAUCAAAAGAUUGGAAGGAGUACAUCGUUUUGCAAUGAUGGCAUAUUGUACACAAGAAAGAUUAAGGUUACAAUUAUAUGAAAAUUUGGACAAUAUAAAUUCUGUUCAAGAUAUGGAAGAACAAAGUUUAAAGGAUACACAAGAAACUACUAAAAAAGUAGAAGAUAGAGGAUUAUUACAUUCAAUUCUUACAAAAGGUGCCAUAGAAAUUUUAGCAGAAGGCGAACCACUUGGACCAUCUGAAUUAUCCCAUCUAUCUGAAGAAGAAAAAAGUCAUACUCCAAGUAUGGAAGAAAUGGAAGUCAAAGUAGAUCCAAUGUUAUUUUUACAAUGCUGUAUGGAACAAUCGGCUUCAGAUAUAUCAGAUACAUCAGACCUUGAAGAAAGUGCGAUCAGAACUCAUUCUCCUGAAUUAUCGAGUUUAACAAACAAAGAUAUAGAAAUAGAGAAGGAGAAAACAAGGGAAUCUAAUGACAAUAAACUUAAUGAAGAAACUAACGAAGAUAAUUUAAAUACAACAAAACAAUAUGAAUGUACAAUAUGUACACGAUCCUUCAUAUCAGAGAUUGGUUUAAGAAAUCAUUUAUGGUCACAUCUGCCAAGAGAAAGAUGCUUGGAUGGGAAAUCUGUUUUGAGAUCGCAACAAGUUCAUUCAACAAAUGGCGUGCUACAUACGAAUGUUGAUAACAAUUCCUCUGCCAACUUCGUUUGUCCAAUUUGUGGUAAAAAGAUUUCUACAAAAGGAAAUUUGAAAGUACAUUUAGAAACUCACAGGCCUAAAGGAAAAUAUGGAUGCGAUAUAUGUGGCCGAAUUUUCAAAACACAAUCGAAUUUAUGCAGGCAUAAAGAAUAUCAUGGUGAAAUUAGAUUUCCAUGUAAUGUUUGUGGAAGAGUGUAUCCAACUAACUCAACUCUUCGAGCUCAUAGUAUAACGCAUUCGGACUUAAGACCACAUGCCUGUCCUCUUUGUGAUAAAACAUUCAAAAGGAAUCAGGAUUUGAAAUUUCAUAUAAAUCAACAUACUGGUGCAAGGCCUUACCAAUGUCCUUAUUGUCCAAAAGCGUUUGCCAGUUCUGGUAAUUGUUUUUCACAUCGUAAAAGAAUGCAUCCUCGAGAAGUACAUAGAGAUAGGCAAAGAGCAGCAGAUUUAAUGAGAUGAGCUGUGAGUAACCAAAACGAAGAAUGGAGUUUUAGCUGAACACAGUAUUUGAUAGAAACAAUUUUAUAAACUUUUUUUAGCUGUAUUAUACAGAAAAAAGAGCUUUACUUUUGAGAUUAACGGUGCUAAUCCACAAAGUGAUGAUAGUUUUAUAUGUUUUUAUUCUUUUUAAUUUUGAAAUUUAAUAUACUAUUGUUAAUAAUGUUGAUAAUGUUGAUAAUAUACUUUAUUGCUCACAAAAUAUGUAUUCUUGUUUGUUGUAACAGAAUAUCAUAAGCAUACACAAUUAUCAUUGAUAAAAACAAAAAUACUUCCAAUAGUCAUAAUUAAUUUUGAUUACUAAAUGCACAAGUAGGUUUGAAAUUUCAUAGCCAGUAGUAAAAAUUUGAAGUAUAUUAAAGUUUGAAGUAUAUUGAAGUGUAUUAAAGACAUUUUAAGGUAGUAUUCUAAAUAUGUUUAUAUUAUAUAAUUAUGAAGUAAAUAACAAUGAAUUAUGUUUCAUUUUUAUUUUAAUGUUCACUGCCAAAUAUAUACAUAUACAUACAUACAUACAUACACACAUAUGUACGUAUGUAUAUAUAUGUAUAUAUUUAUAAUUACAUUAGAACAGUUUUGAAUAACAUUAUAAUUGAUAUAAUUAUAAAUAAUAUAGUAUGUUUACACAUUACUAUGAUAGUAUGUUGAAUAUGAACUAAGAAUGUAGAAGUAAUAAUAAUAAUAAUGAAUAUACAAUUUUCUCUUUAUAGAGCUGUGAUAUGUUAAUGAUUUUUUAUACUGGUUAUGAAAUUUACAAUUUACUAGAAAGUAGACAAAUACAAAAAAAUGAUAUUAGUUGAGAAACAUUCGACACAAUUACUGAAUUUUACCGACAGUAACACAAGGUCUAAAAUUAAUGAUAAAAUAAUAUAUUGAAUCGUCCUUUACAAAAAAGUAAAAUGUAUGUAAUCGAAAUAACAUAGUGGUUCUAUAUGAAUUUUAUAUAUAGGAUGUCCCAGAACUACUAAUUGAUCUUUGAUAAGAUGAAAGAGGAUAAAGCUUUGAGAUGAUAGUUCUUUUGUCUUAAAAUAUUUACUUCUUUCACCUCCUCAAAGGUCAAUUAUUAGUUUUACAGAGAACACUCUAUAUAUAAUGUAUAAUGUAUAAUGACCAAAGACGUUCGUGCAAAUGAGAACAUUUUUUGUAGCUUCCAACACAUUUUUAGCACAAUGCAAAUAUUAUCAUAAAUAUUAAGACUGUUUACGAAUAAAAACUUUGUGUCAAAUUAGAAUAAUAUAGGUUAGGGAAAAAAGCGAACAAGGGCCACAUCUGCAAACUGUUACAAAAUAUAACAAAUGAGUUUGAUUAUAGAAUGACGCAGUAUUAAAAACGAAACAAAAAAAAAAGAAAAAACAAAUGAUAUAGAAGCUGUAACUCAUAUGUGUGUAUAUAUAUAUAUAUAUAUAUAUAUAUAUAUAUAUAUACAAUAUAUAUAUAAUAUAUAUAUAUAUAUAUAUAUAUACAUACAUAACACACCAUAUAAGAUACUAUCGUAAUAUUAUUCUUAUAAGUGGAAUUGUAAUUGAAAAUAAGUGUUAAAUGAAGUCUGAGUAGUUCUAGGAAAAAUAUAGCGUAUAAAAAGACUCGUGUAGAGCGUAAACUAUACAUAGUUUGUGCUUCCAUAUUAUUACAUAUACACACACUUAUGCAUUAUAGAAAAUAAAAAGAAAUAAUGUUUCUUUACAGUAGAUCGGGCUAAUCAUAAGCAUUGUACAAUAAUUGGCACAUUAUCCAAUACAUAUGAAACCAAUACGACAUGAACUAAAAUGUGUUGAUUAUUUAUCUACAGAAGCUUAUAGCGUGACACAUACAAUAUGUAUUUUGCGAUUACACUUUUUUGUGAACGCUUGCCAUUGCGUAGAUUAAAAUAAUAGUUGUAAUAAAUAUACAUCAAAAAUAAUCAAUUUUUGAGAGAACCAAUGAUCGUUGAGUUAACACAUCGGUCGGCAUUAAUGCACACUUAGUCGUUAGAAAAUCAAAAAUUGAAUAUUUUUUUAAACUACACUCGUACGUUCUCAUUGAUAUAGAAGAUUCAUACAGAUACAAGUAUAUACAUACACACACGCACGCAACACUCAUACACACACACACACUAAGAGUAUAUAGAAUUUCAUUAGGAAUUAGUGCCAUUUCAAAAGUGCCAGUAAUAUAGACAAUUAAUUUAGCGUUAUUAUACAGCAGAUAAAUACCAAAUGAUUAUUUAUAGAAUUGAACAAUGAUUUAACACUAUUGGUAAUACCAUCUGUGACAUAAUAAUAAACUGGUUGUAUAAAA